GGCCCCCACACACCAUCGAAGCUUUGCCAGCGCUGUCAAAAAAGUGAAAAUCUUGCGAUUACUCAUCCUGUUCCGACUGCUUUCGCUUGCUGGGGGCGGACGUUUCCUAACACAAGGAAAACACCUAAAAAUAGUGCGUUUCUCCACGAAAGCAAACAUUAAAACCACCGGUAAGGUUCAGUGCCCUCCUGAGAGGGCGACUGGCAGGAACCAGCAGCAACGAUGGAGAAGCUAUCCGUUUUCAGCAGCUUGCAAAAAUCGAUCGAUACUCUGAAAUCGACGGAAUGUAGUCAAAAGGAAAAGAUUGUUCACUUUGGUCACAUCACCGAAUCACUGCUGUCCAUCAAAGCUGGACCGUCGAGCGCUAGCUUUCAGAAGAAUCUGAGUGCUGCGCUCGGAACGUUGCUGAUGUUCUGCGAGGAAACCGAUUCCGGAGUUCGAAUGAGUGCCGAAGAGAAUCUGAAUCGGAUCGUUCGUUACUGCGAGGGAAAUGGUGGUGGGUUGGUACGGGUUCAGAUCGAUUUGUACCACGAGUUGAAGCGAAAUGGGAACGAGAAGUCACUGCGGAUUUGUUUGGGGCUGUUUGGGCACUACUGUGGCACGAUUAAGCAGCGGAAGGGGAAAAGUUACGCGCAAAAUUUGCUGCCAUGUAUCUAUGCUAUUUCGAAGCGACGGGAGGCGCAGGUGUUGGAAAGUUUGGCCGGGUUUGUGGCGAUUUUCGCCGAGAAAUUGGAAAGUUUUAUGACCGAUGGGGAAGUGCUAAAGAUGACGGAGGUUUUCGUAGAAGAUUUGACGGCUGAUUGUGCCACGAAGCGGCGCUGUGCCGCUCAGAAUAUUGACUCGUUUGUGGCGUGGUCCCGCAGUCCGGAGUUUUACGCCAACAAUGCGUUCAAUCGCUGCGUAGAGAUACUGCUGAAGAAUCAGGACCAGAGUGCGGUUCUCGGGGUGAUGAUUUGCUUCCGGGGCAUUCUUCCGAUUGUGUUGAAGAAUUCGAGCGUGGACAAGUCGGUAGAAAUUUUAGAUUUGAUUCUACACUUUCUGAAGGACGGAAGUCACAGCGUGAUUAACGCUGCCUUGGAGGUUGUUAGCGUUAUUCUGGGUAACCUUCAGAUGGGGAUGAAAAAAAUUCUGCUCUCGAAUGAUUUAGACCACCGGAGGAUGUUAUUAAAGCGGAAAACGCUGAAAAAUUCUAUUUUUAAAAUCAAUCUCAGUGAGAGUCUGUUGAGUUCCAGGAAGUCUAGUACCGAUGCCCGUAUGGAUUGUCUUAAACCCGAUCGGAGACUGUCCCUGCUGCAGGUUAGCUCUACACCGACGAAAUUCAUUCCCGGAGAUGAUAAGAGUUUAGCGUCCGCUUCGGAUCUAGAACUGGACUCUUUCCGCAGUAUGGAGUUUGAUCAGAUGGCGGAAUCCAGCGGGGAAAAAGAAGUUCCGCCCAAAUCCGGUAGCGGCUGCGAAGCAGACAACCUGUCACUAAAGAGUCAAAAAUCUACCGAUUCGUUGGGUUCCUUUAUCAAUACAUUCCUGACCGGCAGUUCCAAUGCCGGCGAAUCUGUGAGUAAAUUUUUUCGCAAGUCUUUCGAUUCUCCUGUUUCUGCGGCGAGUUUCAACCGGGGAGAUCCGUCGACGGGGGAUUUGCUUAGACGAGCCGAGGAAGACGAUCUCUCGUUGGAGUCACUGGCCAGCAGUCAGAUUUCGAUGCAAAGUAGCGCCGUUGAGACGAUUCGUAACGAGCUGGACAUUACGCUGGAGGUGGAUGAUUCGGUGUCGGUUACCCUGGCGGAAGCGGCCGCGGACGUGGACGUGAGCGAAAGGGUGGAGAUGGUCGUUGAGACACCAACGACGACGGCUUUGAUUGCCGGAGCCAUGGAGGAUGCCGAGGACCCACCAGCAUCGGUUUCGCGAGAACUCUUCAUCGGAUCUAUUCACGAUCAGAACCUGCUUGAGUACGUUGUUCGACUGAUCGCGUCACGAUUCCUACUCGGUGGGACGCCGCAUUCUCUCGUUUCGGAUUUUGCGGUUCGUGUUUCAGUUAAAACCAUGGCACUUCAGAUUGUGGCUCAGUGCGUCCAGCUUCGGCCAGAGCUGUUGCUGCUUUCACUUGAAAAGGACGAACCGAAGGAUGAAUUCGAUGUGGUCGAAAUUCUUAAUCUGGAGGAUGCCAUCAACGAGAUCGCCGGUCAGGCGAUCAUUGAAGUGGACGAGGGAGCACAAGCUACUGCUGUCGAUAAAGAAACCGAUGGGCUGCUGGAGAUGAAAGAGGAUCAUUUUGGGGAGUGCACUAGUGCCACCUACUUUGAGUUCUUUUCGCCGAUGAGUAUCAGUUUGGAUCAGGGGCUUACUUCGCUGAAAACGAAGCUGAAGCUGAUGGAAGAGAAUUUCUGUACGAUGGCUAACGACAACCAGGCGAAGCUGAGCAAAGAACUGGACGCGAUCCUUUCUCAGUCGGAUUGUAGCGGGGAGGUGGGCAGGAAGAGUGAGCGCAAAAAAGAGCUGCUGGUCGUUCCCAGGGUAGUCACAAGUCGAGGAGAUGUGGUGACGAGGGGACUGCAACUGGACGGCAGGGAUGAAGAUCAGCAAACGAUUGCUGAUGUGCUGCUAUUUUACGACCAUUCCGAUCAAAGUCUUCGUGGUAAUGUGCUAUUGAUUGUGGGAAACUUUUUGAACACGAUUCUGGAGCGACACGGAAGUGUGGAAGCGUUUCUUGGGCACAAUGAAAAGGUUGGUGUUGGCAGAAACAUUCUUCGACAGGAAGCGAUGCUGCAGGUUAUUAUGCGGGGUCUCUCGGAUGAAAUACACACCGUUGUCAACCAGGCACUGGUUGCUUUCGAGCAAACCUUAACCCUUUACUGUCGAAGUCAACCGUAUAGAAGCCACGCCGUCGAUGUUAAAGGCACCUCGGAUUUUACCUUCAAGUCCUCAUCUAAACAAAAUCUUUUCACCGACGACUGCACACCGGUAGACCCCCAACUAUUGAUCAAUCACUUUCGGUCGGUAUUCUACAACAAGUACUGGCUGGUACAGUGCAAAGUCUGCGACGUAAUUGUCAAGCUGGAUUUCCGGACGCUUCGGAAUACGCUGGGUAGUGAGUCAGCGAAACACUUUCAGAAUGAAUGUCUUAAUCAGCUUAUCCUGCUACUGCGAGACGGUGAUCCUCGGGUACGAAGUCACGCCGGCGAAAGGUUGAUAGGUUUCGUGGAGAACAUCUACGAGAGUGAGGGAGGAAGUGGUUUCGUCGACGAGGAUGGUAUCAUCAAGAACUUUGUUAAGGAUUAUGUUCUAGCUGGCUUUGCCGAACCGGUUGAUUGUCGCAGACUGCGAACCCCUAGAGACGCAAAACUUUUCAGAACGAAGGUUGCACCCAUUUUCUAUGUUCUCAGUAAUCAACUGUUGAAUGUGAGCGAUCGGAAUCAGUUGUUCGGAAUCAUAAAUUUCAUAAAGCUGUUCAUCACCAGAUUCAAUCCGUUCGAUUUGUUGGAGAUCUGGAAUGAAUUCAACCUGCUAAAUGUCCUGCUCAGUCUGAUGAGUGAACACACGGGGACGGGUUUGGAUCUAACGGCACAAACUGAUCUUCUCGAGAUCUGUUCAACGCUAAUGAUCGUCACCAUGUCGACAAGGGAAACCAUCAGCGCGGCCGAUAAUGAGGUGAUCGAUAAGUUUAUCUUUCACCUGUUGAAGCUGAUGAAUAUCUAUCAGCACUUGUUCGGUAAUGUGAAACCGGUCGUGAUAUCCCGAGCUCAGAAGGGGGACUUGUUCAUGAACGCUAGGGAGCUGCAGCUUGUGAACUGUUUCGGGUACUUUGGCGGAGAUCAUUUCUAUCUGAAGCUGUACAGUUUGCUGAGGAAUUCGUUCGAGAGUUGGAAGAUCACCAUCAACGCCGACGUCGGUCAGAAGCUAUUCGAGUUGCUCCGCACCACCAUUGCCAGCCUGUGGCGGCUGCUGGAAGUGAAAAGCAUCUCCACCAUGACCAACGGCCACAAAUUCGUCGAGGAGGUACUCCGCUAUCUGAUUGCCUUCCUGCCGUACGAACCGGAACGGUGUAUCCACUGUACCAAGUACCUAUUUCGCUUUCUAUUCUCCAACAAUUUCAUCAACCGCAGUAAAGAGCUAGCGUACUUCUGUACUGCCGGUGAAAAUCUCUCGCUAUCGGAUCAGAACGGAUGCGAACGUUUUCUCGAUUGCUACCACGAGUUCUGCAGCUACAAACGAACCGACUCGAUCGCCGACCUGGCAAAUCAGAUCAAACUGUUCGAGCAGGUCGUGUUCGCCUGUUUGAAGAUUUUCUCCAGAGCAACGAUUCGGGUACAAACGGCUAUCCUGGAACUGCUCUGUCAAUUGCUGGCGUGCGGCAUGAACUACCAGCUGUUGGAUUCGGGUAACGUUUUCGUAGAGUACGUGUUCAAACACGUUGAACUGCUGGAGACGGGUACGAUCCGUGACUCUGAGCAGCUGAUUUGUAAAAUUGUAAAGUUUUUGUUCCUGCUGUCGUAUUCGAAGGAACGAUCGAAGAUCGUCAACAUUCCUAAGAUCAUCAAUAUCUGUGAUAAUUUGCUGGCCAAUGGGUUGAUUCGGGGCGUAGGCAUAGCAUCGCUGCAAGCAUUGGCCCAUGAUAUAUUCUUUUUAAGCCGGCUCCCACUGGAGGAUCAACAGAGCGAAGUGCUGCUGGCGGAGGUUGCAACUCAGAAGGAGGUGGUACUGAAUAUGAUGAUCAAGUUCCCGGAGGUGGUUGAAAGUUAUGGCUUCGUACCGAUGGUACUAAUGGUUGGACGGCAUUCGCAGCCGGGUAAGUAUGAGGCUGAGAUAUUGAACGCCCUGGUUGGGGUUCUGCAGGAGGGCAAGUUGCUGAUGCGGGAUGAUCGGGAAAGGAUGAUCGUAGGGCGGUCUCUGGAGGCACUGGGGAAAAGUGCGGUGUUGGAGAGUAAGGCGCUGCAGAGCUUUCUGAAGAUAUUGUUUGAAGUAGGUAAGAACAAGGAGUUGGCGAUCGAUCAGAAGAUGCUUUACUGGCAGUUGAUUCUGGAGAAAGUGAUAUUGUAUGCGGAGGAGAGUUUCCUACUGAACCAUGUGAGGCUGUUUCUGAGCAAAGAGCAAUCUUAUGAUGCGGAUAUUUCUGAGAAUGCAGUUUUCGGGAGAUUGGUGGUGGAUAUUUUAACGAGAUCGUUGGAGAGUUAUGAAGACCUUAUCAGUGAUAACUUCUCGAGAAGCUGUCUGCUUCGCAUCAUCCGUACCGUGAGUGAAUUUCGAAGAUACCCAGGCAUAAGCAAGUACAUAUUGGACAAUGUUAACGCGGAUCAGCUUAGUUUGAAGCGAAAUGAUCCUCUGGUACGAUCAGCUACUCUCGAAUUUUUAGUUCGGAUCGGUUUCGACACGAAACAAUUGUUGGAUGCCGUAGAAUACCCAAUCGACUCCAUACUAAGUGAGGAAGUCGCAGCGGAACUGAUUGGUGCUAUGAUCGAGCACAAUUCUGCACAACCACCAGAAGAGGUUUUUCUCUUGAUCGAACGUCACAGCAACACUCUCGUAGAUCACUACGACACAUAUCUAAUGAACUACAUUUCCCAUUCCGAGCAUGCAUGCGCGUUCGCAUCGAAAAUCGUUAAUCAACUGAACAACCCCGGGCAUUGCCUCAAACUUCUGAAUCUGUUGGAAAAAUCGCACCUCAACAGUUUGCCUUUGAUUUUACAACAUCUAACGAAUCUGCUAACGAACACAAACAUCGCAAUCGCUCGUAAAACAGCCCUAGUCCUAGACUCCAAGUUGGAUGCCCUUCUGAAGCAGCAACCUCUAACUAACGAGUUCCUCAAAACGGUUCUCACCGAUCACCAGUUCCGACAGCUGUUCGACACAAUGAUCGUGGAACGCCGCAAAAAAAUUCCCAAGCUGUUCAAAUCGUUACUCUCACUGGUUCGGUUCUACAAACACGUCGAUCCUCCUCACGAUCUUGCCCCACGGAUCGAAUCCGACCAGUUACGACAGUUGGUAGUGGAUGAAGCGUGGUUUAUUGAACAGAUCACCUACCACUGCACGGCAAAGUCCUACACGAAACCGAAAAACAUCGCUCGGAUGCUGCACGAACUAAACUCGGAGAGUAAGUUAAUCAAUCUACUUUCCGGGGGUAGUUUCAAUCCGCGAAUUCUGCGAGAGGUGAUCGCAACCGCGUUCGAAACGAUGAUCCACUCCUUUCGCGUGGAUUGUGUCCAGUUUAAUCCUCAUCUGAACUACCUGAAGAUCCAUCCGAUGCUGAAGGUGGCCUUAAUAGUUUUAAUGAAAAAGCUGGACGAGUUGAAUGCCGCUCCUGAAGACGCGGAAAUGGACGAAAGCAUGAUCUUGCACUACGUGAAAUCUGUCACCGUUUUUCUGGAAAAUUUGAAUCGAUUGGAACACUUCGGGUUAAUUUAUGUCGAAGCCAGGUUCAUCGAUCGUUUCGUGAAAGACCAUCUACUGAAGUCGAACUUUUUCGAGUCUUUGCUGAUUUUUGCAAGGAACUGCGGGAAACUCAUUCGAUCGAAGAUUAGAAGCGCUGGUUUAAGAAACACCACCACCCUGGAACUGUACGUGAAAUGUAUUGAUCUGACACUGAGACAGAAGUACCUCUGGGCGGAGCUGAACCAGAACGACAAGUUCCGUGACGAUCAGGAUCUGUACGUUCGGGUAAUUUUUGACGUUUUGAAGAACCACCUGCGGGACAGUUUGUUUAUGGAACACUACAAGCUACCGGAGGUGUUCGUAGAACAAAUUCGGCACAAGUACGAUCAAGUCGAGGUCUAUCUGCUGGUGAUCGUGAUGGCUGAGUUCGUGUCGGAUUCACGCAGGAAAUAUUUUCCGCUGCUGGAAAUGCUGAAAUCGGUAGGGAUUUCGGUGCUGAAAACCGAUCGCUUCUACCCACUGGCGAUGACACCCGGGGAGGUUCUUAACUGCUACAGCUUCGACGUGGAUGUUGAGCCGCUACGAUUGCCCUCGGUACCGAUCGAUUAUCUGUACGAGUUAGAUACGCUUGAGGUGUACUUGAAGAGGGUCAACGUUUUUGGCUACUCGUCCAAGCAGCAAUUUGAGGAACUGUUCAUGUCCCUGCUGGUGCUGAUCAACAAGAAUGGCGAUCCGGAUUUGAUUAGUGAUCAGGAACAGCACGAAAUCAAAAGUAUGUGCCUUCGAGCGGUCACCGAACUGCUGAUCAGCUGCUACAAAUAUCCUCGAAUAGGCUUUGCAGAUGGCAAAUAUUAUCACGAACCGCGGAAUGUUACCGUCAAGUGUGAUUCGGUUGGGUUAAAGAAACUGCACAGUAUCCAACUGUUGAUCCCAUCGAACAACAUUUUCUAUCAACCAAAUCUGGAACGGAACCUGCGGAUAGCGACCGUUGACGAGCGGUGUUCCGGCGGUGAUAAUUCCAUCGGAACGGAAUCUUUCGGCAUGAAUCAGUUCAUUAACACUCAAGAAUCGAAACCGAUCGGGCCUCUCGGCUGCAGUCCAUGGAAAGCACCGCACCAUCGUAAGGCUUCGUAA